GCCUGAAGAAGAAGAAGAUAUAACAGCGUCAUCCCAAAGCCAACUUCAAGUUCUUCAAACUACCUCAUUCAAGUAGUCACAAGAUGGAAGGGACAGCUUUUGCUCCUGCUUUAGAAGGAAUGAAAAAUGUCAAGUCAGAAGAAGGAGAAAUGCUUUCCAAGCCUUUCUUAGACGUCUGCAAACAGUUAUUACCUGUUAUUGAUCAGUUUGGAGCAGCCAUGGCACUAGUCAAAACUGAUGUUGGUGGGAAUAUAACACGGUUGGAAAACAAGUAUUUGUCCAAUCCAGCAAAAUACAACCACCUAUACAGUAUGGUUCAGGUGGAGAUUGAAGCCAAAAAUGCAGAUGCUUCAUCCAGUUGCACCAAUGGUCUUCUAUGGCUAACAAGGGCGAUGGAUUUUAUCGUAGAACUAUUCAGAAAUUUAAUGGUGCAUGCAGAUUGGAGCAUGUCGCAAGUUUGUACUGAAGCCUACACCAAGACACUUAAGAAAUAUCAUGGCUGGUUAGCCAGUUCAACUUUCAUGCUUGCAAUGAAGCUUGCUCCUGAUAGACAGAAGUUCAUGGAGGUUGUAGGAGGAACUGGUGACAUUAGUUCUGAUAUUGAAAAAUUCUGCUCAACUUUCCGACCUCUCCUUGAAGAGAACCACAAGUUCUUGGCUAGUGUUGGUCUAGAUGAUCUGAAAGCAAACUAACAAGCCGUACGCUUUUGGUGCACUACUUUUCACUCAUGGAGAAUGCAUAUGUUUUUAAGCAGUCGGUUUGGUCCUGAAUGUGUGUAAUCACUAUACUGCCAGUUGAAAUUUAAUCGUAAUUUUGAUAUCUCUAAAGUGUCCAGGGUUCCAGCUUGGAUUUACGGGUUGUUUGGUUGGUUUCUAUUAAGUCCUUAAUGGAUAAAGUUGUCUUUGUGGAUUGAUCUGUCUAUAUGGAUUGAUAUUUUU